AUGGGUAACCGACGCAACAAACGCGUCGCCACGCCUCCACUUAUCGUCUCAAAGAAAAACCGACAAUCUUCUCCGCCACUACAGAAGCCUGUAGACUCUAAACCCUCUGACAUUCUACCUCUAUCCGACGAUGAGGUUUUGGAUGACAAUCAGUCUUCUAGUUCUAGCUCUUCAUCAUUGAAAAUAUCUGAGAAAAACAUUCCCAAAUCUCCUUCAGGUACGAAAAUCAGUCAUGAGAAAACACCGCCAAUAAUAAUUUCUUCAGGCGACUGGAGAAAAGCAGCCCCAAUUGUCUUCAAAGACCAAAAUCUAAAUCCUGACAACUUAAUAGUUAAAAUGCACACUGAUGGUAACUUAAUCAUUCUAACAUCAAAAUCAGCCAACUUCAGAUCGGUCCAACGCUCACUAGUCCAACAAAAAUUUCCUUUUAUAACCCGAAGUCUCCCCGAAGACCACACUCUUAAAGUCGUCCUCCGUGGUAUCCCGACAGAUAUCUCGGAAGAAGAAAUCACCGAAGAUCUUACUAAUCGUGGAUUCAACGUCACAACUGUCAAACGUUUCGGCCCCAUUGAUAGACCUUUCCCGAUCUGCCUAGUCAUACUCAAAAAAGAUAGCUCAUCAACCAAAAUUUAUGACUUAACCAACUUGUUCUAUAUCUCUAUCAAGGUGGAAUCUUACAAAAAAUCGGGACCAACGCAAUGUUUUGCCUGUCAAAGUUUUUGUCACGGUACCAGGUAA